AAGCAUAUAAAGCGGUAGAACUCAUAGAAGCGCUGCUAUUCUUUUACUGGUGUAGUCUUCUUUGAGAGUGCGAGAGAUGGAGAAGAAGCUGAGGAUAAUGGCGUUGGGGUGGCCGACAAUGGCGGUGGUGCUAACGUGCGCCGUGGUGGCCAUGCUGCCGGGAGUCUCUUCGACCCGGUUUAUCGUGGGUGCGAACAUGGGGUGGACCUCGAACAUGAACUACACCGUCUGGGCUCGCGGCAAACAUUUCUACCUAGGCGACUGGCUCUUUUUUGUAUAUGAUAGGAACCAAAUGAAUGUGCUUGAGGUAAACAAGACGGACUAUGAGUCGUGCAAUGCUGACCAUCCCCUUCACAACUGGACCACUGGUGCUGGAAGAGACGUGGUUCCACUCAACGUGACUAAAACUUACUAUAUCAUUAGUGGCAAGGGGUUCUGCUACGGUGGAAUGAAAGUAGCCGUUACUGUUGAAAAGCUCCCACCACCUCCAAAGGCCGCCCCGGUGAAGAGCGGUUCUCCUGGUUUGCUCUCGACUUUCAAGGGUCAAAUCGUCGUGCCAGCUCUGUUUGCCAUUGCUGCUGUGUGGGAUUCGUUUCUUCUACUGGCGUAGUAGGGUUCAUCAAUCAUCAUCAUUCAAGAACACGCGAUUUGGGUCUGUUGAAUUGAUUAAGUUAAUUUGGAGCAACCCAACAAGAAAUGGUUGAUUUGUGUAAUUGUGACCUUACUUGUAUUUGUAGUCUUUGUGUUUUGUUUUUUCCAAGGUUGCCAACCAUUGUCCAGCUGAAAUUUUAUUUGUUCCUUUGAGGUCAAAUGGGUGGGUGGAUGUAAUUCUAAUUCUAAUUAAAAUCUUCUUUUAUUUGUUUACCUAAA